UUACAAUUAUUAUUCUGACAUUUAUUAUCAUUUUUUUUACAAGAAGUAGGCGGACCUACUAGAUAAUAGACAAUAAUAAGAUAACAUUAUCAAUGGGUUCAAUGUUCAAUGGUAAAAAUAAAAAAACAACCACUAUCAUGUAAUGUGUUUUACUGUUUAGUUAUUUAAUGCAGACGACUAAACUGUAUAAAUCUUUACAAAGUACAAAAUGGAUGAAAAUCAUAUUAAACUCAGUCUUAAAGAUGGUGUUCGCAAAAUAGUGAUAAACAGACCAAAAAAGAGAAAUGCAUUUACCCAAGAAAUGUACAGAGACCUUACAAAUGUCUUAAAUCAGGAUGCAACCAAUGAUAAAAUUGUCUGUACUAUUCUUACAGGAUCUGGGGAGUUUUUUUCCAGCGGCAAUGACUUUUUAAGUGCCAUGCAAGCUGAUCAAGAAACUGUCUUUGAGGGUCCUAAAAAUUUGAUUCAAGCAUUUAUUGACUACCCGAAAUUACUUAUAGCUGUAAUUAAUGGUCCUGCCAUUGGGGUAGCAGCAACAACAGCAGCAUUAUGUGAUAUAGUGUAUGCUUCAGACAAGGCAUAUUUUGAAACUCCAUUUGUUAAACUAGGGCUGUGUCCAGAAGGGUGUUCAAGUUACUUAUAUCCACAAAUAUUUGGCAGAAGCAAGGCUUCAGAAGCAUUAUUAUUAGGUAAAAGAAUAUCUGCCCAAGAAGCAAACCAAUGUGGGUUAAUUUCUGCGGUAAUACCACAUAAGAAUUUAGAAGAAUUUAUCACAGAGUUGUACAAAUAUGGGUCUUUGCCGCCGAAAGCUGUAAAAAUGAGUAAAAAGUUGAUAAUGCAUCAUCUAAAAAAUGUUCUGAAUGAAACAACAACUUUGGAGAUUGAAGGAUUAAAACAGCAUGAUCCAGAAGAAUUUUCUCAGGCAAUGAUGAAUUUUAUGCAAAGAAAGAGCAAGCUGUAAUUUUAAUAUAAGAUGACUUUUUUAAACAGUGUGCCCAAUAAGUUAAAAAUAUGUUGGUUAAAGAUUAAAGACCUAAUUUUAUUUCCA